AUGUGUAAUAAAAAGAAGUGUGAUAGAAAUAAUCUAAAUAAGGAAACAAAUAUGAAUGAUAUGAAUGAUUUAAAGAAUGAAAAAUAUAUAAGUUAUAUAAAUAAUAAAAAGGAAGUAAAUGAUGUGAAUAAUGAAAAAAAUGUGAUUGAAAAUAAUAAAGAAAAAAAUAUGAAUAAUAAGAAUAAUUUUAGCAAUGAAAAAGAUACAAAUGAUAUAAAUAAUUUAACAAGUACACAAACUACAAAUGAUUUGAAUAAUGAAAAAAUUUUAGUUGAUAAAAAAAAUAUAAAUAAUGAAAAUAAAGAACACACACUAAAAAAUGAAAAAUAUCUUGGUAAUAUUAAUAAUAAGGAUUUGCCUAUAAAUACAGAAUUGAAUGGUAGUAAUUUGAAAAGUAAUUUAAUUAAAUACACUAAUAAAUUUGUUGAAGAUAUAGGAUAUAACUCAAAUGAUUACAUAAAAAAAAAGAACGAAUACAUUGAAAAUACGUUUAACACUGAAGACAAUAAAAAAAUAAUAAUUAAAAAUAUUAAGCAAAUAAAUAGCAAAAACAAUGAUAAUUUUAACUAUUUAAAGGAUAUAUUAGAUCAAAAUUAUAAGGAAUGUAUUCAUUUCGAUGGUUCUGAAUAUAUAUAUAUUUAUGAUAUAUGUAUAAGAAAUGAAAAUAUAGAAAUUAAUAGUAUUAUCAAUAAUAAUAAAAAAGAGGAUAUUAUGAUAUUGAAUGUAUAUGAUAUUUAUUUGAAUUUUUUUAAUAAUAUUUCUGCGAAAAUAAACAAAAUUAGGAGUUUAUUUUCUAAUAUAAAAAUAAAAAAAAUUAAAAGUACAAUUUCAGAUAAUACUUUAAAUUUAUCAAAUGAAAUCACAAAUAUAUUAAAUAAUAAAAAGGUGAAGAUUAAUAAUUUUUUAAAAAAGGAAAAUGAAGCAAAUUAUUUGGACAGUAAUAGGAGCAAUAAAACGAAUAAAAAUAUAGGUACCUUACAUUCUUUGUUUAAUGAUAAGACAAAAAUGAGUUUUUUGAAUAAAACAAAAUUUUUAAAUAAACUAAAUUUUAUAUUUUUUAGCGUAUUCAAAAGUAAUAAAGAAUAUAAUGGCAUAAAAGAAAUAAAAAAUAAUUACAAUUUUGAAGAGAUAAAUUUAAAAGAAGUAAUAGAUAAUAUGAAAAAAAAUAUCAAUGGAAGAAUAUGCGAUGUAGAUACAAAUGAUAUAAAAAUAGUAAAAAAAGGAUACUUUUUUCUUUUUAUCAAAAAUAAUGAAUGGAAAAUUUUUUUUUGUGUUCUUUUUUAUUUAAAAAAUAAUGCUGUAUAUAAAAAUGAUAUUAUUUUUAAACAUUAUUGCAAAAUAUAUGAUAGAGAAUAUUUUCUUAAUUUACUGAAAUCGUCUGAUUUAAAUUCUAAUUAUUUUAUAGCUUUAUUUGAAGAUGUGAAUUUUGAUAAAAAUAAAAAAAGUAAUUUAGAAAUAUGUAAGCUUAUUAAAAAAAAUAACUAUGAAUUAAUAUUAGAAAUUUCAAAAAAUAGAAAAUCGGACAUUAUGCAUAGCUUUCAAAAUAUUUAUUUUGAUAAUCAUAGAAAAACAAAUAAUUAUUUGAAAAUUUUUGAUAUAAAUUAUAAUCCAUUUUAUUUAAUACCAUUUGAAUUUUUAAUAAAAGAUAAUGAUAAUAAUAAAAAUGUAAAUUCCUUAAGCCAAAUUAAUUUUAAUUAUAGUAUUUUAAAAGAAUGGAAUAAUUCUAUAUGUUUAAUAAAAGAAAAAAUAGAAAAUAGCAAUAAUAAUAUUUAUGCAAAGAAUGAAAAAAAUGAACAGUUUGAUUAUGUAAAUAAAAAGCUUAAUCAAUGGAUUAUGCUAUUUAAACAAGAAAGAAAUAUCAAAAAUAUAAAAAAGUUAGCUCAUAAAAAUGCAUAA